AAUAGGCUCCAAAAGCACCAUCAUCACCACCACUACGACCGAAAUGCAAAACGUCUGGUUCACGUUGAGAAAGUAAAGGAAUGGCAAGUUCAAUAAUACUGAGGCGGACGACACGAUCUUCUUCUGCUUCCACAUCACUAAUUGAUGGUCUCCUCCGAAUCGGAGGGUCAUCAAGGUCCUAUGCAAAGAUUGCAGUGGGAACAGAUAUAGUAUCGGCUGCACCCGAUGUCUCUCUCCAGAAAUCCAGGACCUGGGACGAAGGUGUCUCCUCUAAGUUCUCCACUACUCCUCUUAAAGACAUUUUCAAGGGGAAGAAAGUUGUGAUAUUUGGUCUGCCUGGAGCACAUACAGGGGUUUGUUCACAGCAGCAUGUUCCAAGUUACACAAAGAAUUUUGAUAAGUUUAAAGCUAAAGGCAUUGAUUCUGUGAUUUGUGUGGCUGUUAAUGAUCCUUAUGUUCUCAAUGCCUGGGCUGAAAAGCUUCAAGCUAAUGAUUCUAUUGAAUUUUAUGGGGACUUUGAUGGUAGCUUUCACAAAAGCUUGGAGCUAGAUAAAGAUCUCUCCGUUGCUUUGCUUGGACCCCGCUCUCAUAGAUGGUCAGCAUAUGUGGAAGACGGAAAUGUUAAGGUCCUUAAUUUGGAGGAAGCUCCGUCGGACUUCAAGGUAUCUGGUGCUGAGGUUAUAUUGGGACAAAUAUAAUGCUGCUUUACUUUCAUUUCUACUCCGUGAAAGUCCAAAACUUUUUGCUAGGUAUGAUUUCCUGUUGAAAUGUUAAUUCCAGAGCUAUGGUAGACAUGCCUAAUAAAAUUGCUCAUGUUUUGUUAUGAGAAUAAAUCGGCUACCCUUGCUAAUAACUUCAAAUGUAGUAGUGAAUUUUGCAAAGUUCACCCUUUUCAACCAUAAAUCCGAAAUUCAGCUAUUGAAUUGUUACA